UACAAAAAAGGAAGGGAUAAAAAUAUUGUUUUCUUUCGCAGUCAUGUUCUGGAGCUCAUAGAGAGAUGAUCUAUAUUGAAAACCUAAUGUUUUUGUCUUAACAAGAAUCUUUUGCUCGUUACGGAAUUUGUGGCCCUAUAAAUAAUAAAAAUUUAUCCGUCGUCAGUUCAGCUUUUUUCUCAAUAUUUCGACAAGAGCUAUUUUGUUCCAAAUAAGGUGAUAUAUUAUUGUACACAUAUAAAGGUUUCAUUUGCGAUAAAGGAUUUACUGAAGCAACAUCAGCAUAAAUACAACGAUUUAAAGAAUUAAAAUAAAAGAGAAGCUAUAAAAAAUCUGAUCAAUGAAUUCAAGAAGAGAAGAAUAAGCAUAGCUUAUUCGAUAGCUUCGCGAUAAUAUUUCGAAAGUCGUAGAAAAAUGAUCUGUGUCGAGACACAAUAUUUUAGUCUUAAUAAAAUUCUCUUUCUCGCUGUGGGCUUGUGGCCUUAUCAACGAACGAAUCUCGUCCGACUUCAUUUUAUUAUCUCCCUGGGUAUUCUUACAACAGCUAUUUUAUUUCAAUACACUGUGUUUUUAACUUCAAAAUGUACUUCGUAUCUCGUCGUCAAGAUUCUCUCUGCUACAUUUCUCUUUGUUAUCUUUGUGAUAAAAUACAUCACUUUUGCUUUUAAUAUGGAAAUUAUGAAAAAUUUACUGGCUCAACUUCAACAUAUAUAUAACAAUCUAAAAGAUGAAUACGAAAACGUUAUUGUAGAAAAAUACAGCAACAAUGCCAAAUGGUACACAGUUAUACUUACAAUGUUUGCCGUUUGUGGUAUGUUUACAUUUAUUACUGCUCAAUUUUGGUUGGUAAUCCUUGAUGUCAUUUUAUCGAGAAACAUAUCUCAAUCUCGUGAUUUUAUUAUUACAACGGAAUAUUUCAUCGAUCAAGAAAAACAUUUUUAUUUAAACGUUUUGCAUAUAUGUGCAGCUGUUUGCAUAGGAUGUACCGCGAUAGUAGCGGUGGGUACAAUGGUCGUAGCAUAUUUCCAACAUACCUGCGGAAUGUUUAGGAUUUCAAGUUAUCGUAUUGAACGCACAAUGAGAACCAGUGUGCUACAAAAUAUUACCUCAGAGAACAAAAUUUUGAUAUUUAAAGGAAUAAUAUGUGCCAUCGAUAUUCAUCGGCAAGCUAUGAAAUUGUGUGAAAUAUUGAUAUCCAAAUUUGAGAUAAUGUUAUUCUGCUUAAUAGCAAUUGGAGUGCUUUCUUUGAGCCUCAAUCUAUUCCGA